AAUCGAUACUGGAUCUUGCAAAAAUUUGAAAUACGUCAUUAGAUUUCACUUAGAUCUUGUGAUGACAGCCUCUUCACAAAACUCAUGCUUAAAUAAUUUCGAUAUUCGGAAAGCGAGCGUGGAUUCUUCUAAAGAAGGUCCAAGUAGUUUCUCUCAACAACCAGCUUUCAAUGCAUAUCCCCUCGAAUCUUCACCUAAUUUGCUUAUUCCUACAAAGGAUGUGAUAUAUAUGCCAUUAAAUCCCACAAAUGUGCCCUUAUCGCUACAGCGUGCAUGUGCCUCUAAUGAGACUAUAGGCGAUGAUACACAAAGUUAUGGCCAUCCAAUAUGUCAUGGCUUCAUUUUUCCAAACUCAGAAGUAGGUUCAAAUGAUCUUGAAUUAAACCAGAUAAACAUUCCGAGUAUGAAGAACCAUAUCAACGAUGUUUCUUACAAUAUACCGAGCCAGAGUUCGAGUAAUGUGGACACAAAUGCUCAAAAACACCUUCAACUCCUGUUGCUGCAAAAGUUAAUUGAGUUGCAACUCGCUGAACAUUAUAACUCACUUAAAGAUACACUUAUAUUAACUAAAGACUCCAAUAAUGAGCCUCAAAACCCUAAACUCCUGCCCUGUUUUGUUAAAAACUCUGACUUUUAUGCAAGCUCCAACCCAGUUUCAACUGUAAGUAACGAGAAUUCAGACAUGUCGACAUUUUUGGUCCCUGUUAAAGCCAAGUUUGAGGGCGAAAGUGGUUUGUCUUUACACAUAACUCCAAGGGACGACAUCAGUCAACCAACCCAAGCAAGUCCAGUUACCGUCGCAUGCCCGAGUCAACCCAUCGUCUUAUAUCCAUUUUCUGUUCAACAAGAUAAUUCUACGGAAGAUACAUCCCCAGCCAGUCAAGCUGUCCCUGAUGCGUCCUCAGGUGGACCAACUGCCCAAACAUUUACUAUGAAAGACAUAGAUCACUGUAUACGGAGGGGUUCACUGGAUUUCACUUCUGAGCCAAGCAACGACAUAGUUGAGAGUAUACGAGGUCGUACGAGACCAGGGUUUGUGUUGUUAAGCGUUCGUCAUGAAAGAAUCAACGCAGAAAAUAAGGUUUCACCAACUUCUGAGGAACAUUUCCAAGAAAGUCAUCCUCCUAUUUCGACAUCAGCUAGUCUUGAACCAAAAAAGACAAAAAGUAUCACCAUUUCUAAAAAGCUACCUAGAAAGAGAUUAAAACAUAUGAAAAGCGACGCGGAACUCAAAAAGCGAUCCUUAAGAGGUUCGUCUAAAUCUCUUCUGAAGCGCUCUGAAAACGCCGAAAUGUCUCCGUCUCCAGUAGAACUUACGGAAGAUGAUCUUAAAGCUUUAUCCCCACAGUCAAGAUUUCGAGUGACCAGGUUUGCAGAUAAAAAGCAAGCCUGGAUAGCUCCUGCAAAGGCAGGAUUCACCGUUCAUGACUUAUGGACAACUAAACUUCCGGAAUAUGUGUUGAGAUGUGCCGAACAUCUGAAAGUAUCAGGUUCUGGUUUAAAUUUACAACAAGAAAAAUUUGGUGAAAUUCCAUAUUCCUUGGACGAUAUUAUAAACGGACAUUGUUUGGCCUGCGAAAAGUCACCUCAUCAUCGACUAUGCAGUCGUUUUCUUAGUCAAAUAAUCCAGCAUCUAAUAUUUUUGUCGCAUACAAUUUCAAUGUUUUCGUUUUAAUGCUAACUAUAGAGAAAUGAUAUUUUACUUUUUGUUAGAAGCGAACUUGAAUGUUUUUUCGUUUAUAUUAUACACAUUAUAAAUUAUAUCUUACUGAUCACUGAAAAGUUGGGAGAUAUAAACCCAUGCCAUAUCAUCAGUUUUAGUUGAAUGCUUUAAGUCAAAUCAUGUAUAAUCUUCAUAAACUUUAUAUUUUGUUUUAAUGUUUAAAAGCGUAAAAUGCACAAUAUAACGGUUUGCUGACAAUCAUUUUUAAAACCAUCUGUAAAAGUAUGAAAACUGAGGUUUAAGAAUAGUCCUUAUUUACGUGUUUGUUUGAAAAUGGUCCAAACAUUCGAUUGCACAUGAUAAAUGAGCUUGAACUGAUAUUUAUAGUUUUAAGCCUACGACUUUAAGAAAAACUAAAGUUAGUAUUUCUUAAUUUCUGUCGCUCAUCGUUGAGUUAAAUGAUGAUAAUUUAUUUUUGUUAUUCACUUUUGUAGAAACUACGAGCAUGUUAAACUACCUAAUUUAUGUGUCAAUAUAAUCCAUCUAGAAGUGUCAGAUGAUCACACAGUGUUAUCUAAGCAAAACCCUCCACAACAAAUAUCUUAGGAAAAGUAAAUUUCAUAUCUCUAUUCGUAGUAUGGAUCAAGUAAACAGUAAUUUAUAAGAAUUUUACCAUGGACAUAACUAUAUAAUUUUUGUAAAUCAAGAUGAACCAGCAUUGUGUAGUGAAAUGAAUUCGUUUAAUUUCAUGCACUCUAAUCCAUCUACAUAUGCACUGUUUUGGACGAAUAAGUAAAAUAUUUCAUGAUUGUAAUUUUAUAUGUAACAUGACGAUAACCGAACUAUGCUAUGAAGACUCUUUCGAUAACGAAUUAGAAGUCGCUCGAAGGAUAUUCAUUGAGAAUGACAAUUCCAUCAAGCUCAUUGAUAAAAACUUGAAGUCAACAAAUGAAAUAUCUCAAAAACUCAGUAUUCUACUACCUAUUUAAAAAGAAUUAUCCUAUCGCCCAGAAAAGGUGUCGACUAAGAACCAGGAUUGCAUUGAAUUUUCUUUCCAAAAACAUGAUUAUUGUGUAUGGAACAAAAAUAGUGUUUAGUAAAUCUUACUUGGGCAAUAGAUCUCCUUUAGUUACAUCCAAAUGUAUAAAUCCAGUUACUUGCACAUGCAGUAGCAUGUAUGUUAGAAAAACGUGGAGGGUAUUGUCUAAAAUAAUAUCAGAGUAUAUCCCAAAGAAUUUAGUGCUGAAUGCCUCUAAACUACUCUGAAAUGUCAUAGGAAAACAUACAUUGUUUACUGGUCAUUCAUUAGAUCUUGGUAUCGCCUUUUGAGUAAUAAAUUGACGGAAUAACGACAGGCUUCCACUUUACAAAGAAUCACCUGAUUCUCGUCCUCUAAAACACAAUUUACAUAUAGAGAAGGAACUUUUGUUUCACCUGGCGCUGCCAUGGUGAUCAACUGAAUGUUGCGUUUCCCUUCUCUUUAUCUUAUCGGUUUUAUUUGCUUGACCUCGUCUUUAUUUAUUCACAACAUUUGAAUUUUUCAUUUUAUUUCAGUUUUAAUAUCAUUCUCAAUUAAUAGUUAUUACAAUUAGUUAUAUUAUUUCCCCACUAUUCAAUAACAUAUUUGACCCCUUAUUCAUUUAGAUAUCCAACUAAUUUCACUGUUUUCAUGCCGUUUUAAAAUAAUAUUACCACUAAUAACUUUAUUGGUAUCAUAAUUAAAAUGACUCUAUAAUUGUAGUUUUUUGUAAUUACUAUCACUUACACGACUUUGUUUAACGUAAUUAUAUUAACUUUCACAUGUCCGAUUAUAUUAUGGUCUCAUUCUCGUUUAAUCCUUUGAUUUAUGUAUUAAACUUGUUUGAAAAUAGAAAGUAUUUACCAUGUGUUCUUCUCACUAGUAAUCCAAAUUCAUUUUUUACGUGCUACAGAUUAAAUGACAAUCAUCAAACAUUUCAUUUGUUUGUGCAAAUCAGUAUGUAUAUGAAUGACUUAUUGUUCACAUGAAGAAGUGGACUCAGUUCAUUCAUUACACAAUGUUUGUCAUUCUUGAUUUACAAAUGUUUAUUAAGGGAACUGAUUUCAUGAAGUUAUUUGAUUACGGUCUUGGAUAAAUAAGCAUAAAAUAAUUUCGAAUUAUAUUGAUGUUUUAUUACUAGUAACUCGUGUAAUACGAUGCACCAACUACCGGAAUCAAGACCAGUGUCGACGCAAAGCUAUAGAUAUAGGGGUACUUACAAUAAACUUUAGAGUUCUCAUAUGUGAAUAGUCUUAAAAAUAUUAUUGUUAGAUAUGAAUUUUACAUUAUAUGAGGGUUAAAACAAUUAGAGACAGACAUGAGAAGAAUGA